AUGGCCCGCGGCUCGUCUCCUUCGCUGAACGGCGACUCAACGAACGACAGCGGGAUCAUUUUGAAAUCCAAAAGCCCGGCUGGCAAUGAGGUCGCCAAUGUUGCGUCGUCAUCACGAAUGACGCUGUUGUCACAGACGGCGCGGCCGGCGCGGCCGGCCCGUCCCUCGCAGCCCGCUGCCUCCACAAAGGCGGAACAGCUCGCAUCGCCACCGAUGAAAAUGCAGAAGUACUUCUACAAGGACGAAUACCACAACGUUCCACUUGUCCCUGUCAUGGAUGACGAAGGGCGACGAAAGUUGUUCAACGACGUGAGGAGGGUGAUGAUCGAGAAAUCCAUCGACAAGGAGCUCCUCGGCGACUCGGCUUCUCGCGCUGAGAUCCUGGAGCUUCACGAGAAGUACGACGAUGUACUGUGGCAAGCCCUUGGAAUCUGA